GAUUCACAAGUAGCAGUUCACGCCAUCUCUAUAAAAUACUUUACAUUCAGAACUGAAGUUGGAUUAUAAGAUAAGCUUCAGAAGUCGAAAUUUCUUUCUGGUAAUCUGAUAUAUAACGCAGAUCGGUUAGGUAUAUUCUUUUAUCUGUAUAUAGUUAAAAGUCGAAAAGAAACGAAAAGGUUACAAACGUAACUUACAAAAAGUAAUUGGAAGAUAUCAAACACUGAUCUUAAGGAUACAAAUAAUUUUGAAAAUUAUAAAGAAAUGGCAAGUGUACUAUACGUAAUAAACACUUUCUCCAGAUUAUCUGUCUGCUCGACCGUUAAUCCGCGCAAUAUUUCUACAUGUAUGAAUCCGUUGUGUUUUCAAGUAACCAAUGUGCUUUUAGGAGAACCGCUUAAAAAAAAGAAAAAGAUUGAUCCCACUAUAGUCAGAGCUAGAGAAGAAAGGAGGAAAAGAAAAUUGGAGAAACAAAUUAGGCGUUUAGAAAAGCUUGCCCAACAGUUGAAACCAAUCUUCGAAGUAGAUAUAUCCUCAGAGUUAAUGGAGCAGAUAGAGGACAGGUCCCGUAAUCUUGCACCGUUAUCUCCCCAAGAAACAGAAAGAAGAGCGUUAUUGGAGAAGGAAUGGAGCAGAUAUAAGCUGGAUCAGUGGAAAAGGGAUAUAAACACUAUUGAAUCUAUCCUACAUUCACAGAAAAUAGCACUGAAAGAACUGAAAGCUGUAUCAAAGCAACUUUAUGAGGAAGCAAUACAAUUCGACGAAACGUUUCUGCCAUACAGUGCAUUAGGACCGGUAAAUACUCCACCAAUAGAGAAUUAUGAUAGUCCGGACGGUGCAUAUAUAGAAACUACUCUUAAAUACGUAGAUGAAACGUAAGCAAAUAGAAAGGGUGAUAAAUGUGAAACGAUA